AUAUUCUACAUAGCUCCAACUCCAAUACCAUGGAAUAUGUAAAUCAUAUGGUAAUACAGCCGCAGUUUCUCCAAUCUAUUCAUCACCCAGAGGAAAGCAUAAACAGUAUUCAUGGCUCAGUACUUCCAAGUGUGGCUACUAUUGUCAUAGUCGUCUGUGUCAGUAUCUUAAUCUUCAUAGUAGCUUUGGGAGUAUAUAGAAUUCGAGCAGCUUAUAAGCACAGCUCAAAGGAGAGUGAAAGCAGUAAAGAAAAUGAAAUGGAUUGGGAUGAUUCAGCUCUGACCAUCACUGUCAAUCCUAUGGAGAAAUAUGAAGAACCUCGUCAUAUACAAGAAGAAAGCGAAGAAGAGGAAGAGGAAGAGGAAGAUACAACCAGUGCUGAAUCAGAUGAAAGUGAAGAGGAAGAGGAGGAGGAGGAAGAGGAAGAAGCAGCUAUUGGAAAUAAAGGAGACAAACAAAUUGCAACCAGGCAAGAUCAGCUGGAGUGGGAUGAUUCAACACUACCCUACUAGAAACCCUUAGUUUUAGUGCUCCUUUUGUAUACACCAAUACUGUGUAUUUCUGAGUCAAUCCUACUGCGUCAACCCCAUCUUGGAUCUAUGAGUUAAUUGGCAGGAUUUAACUCUAUUGACUUCAGAUGAUAGAACUGCAUUGCCUGAAUUUGAUGUAGUUGUAUCAAACUGCUCCAGAUAGUUAUUCCUUUCCUAGUAUAUGGGUAAUGGCACCUGGUAAAAGCACAGGGUACAACUGUUUAUGUCACACCUGUGAUAACACCAACCUGAUGCCAUAUGUUCCUUACCACUUCUCCCUUUCCAGGAAACUCCAGUAUCUUCUAAUAAGAUAAAUAAGAAUAUGCAAAAGUCCUGUUUGCCAGACCAUAAAGGAUACAGUUCAGCUUUUCUUUUUCUUUUUCUAUUUAAGUGAAUUCAAGUCCAAGUAGACAUACCCCCUUUCUGGGUUUGGUUCGACUUUGGUUAAGAAUCCUAUGUUCAGAAGGAAAAAUGUAGGUGCUACUCAUUAGGGCAACAUUAAUUUGCUCUCAUUUCCACUGUUCUGUUUUAAUUAAUUGCCUUCUGCAAGAGGGAUUCAGAGUACUUUAAAUUGGGUGUGUGGGUGUGAGUGUGACAUACACCCAAACACACACAGGAAUGGAUAAUCAAUUUCACUGCUAAUGUUCAAACUCGGCAAGGGGAAAAUCCUUAUCCAAUCCACCUACUCAUACUCAACUGUAAAAUCCUAUAAGCUGAUACCUUUGCAUGUGAUGACUUUUCCCUCUAUCACACAGAUGAACCAAAAUCAUGCAAAAUAUAGGUUUGACUGGAGUGUUACUUGGGUUAAGACCUUUGCUUCUGAUUUACACAGAAAAUCUAUUCUCUGCACUGUAAAUCAUUACUUUGUUGACAUACCUUAUGGCAGCAUUAUACAAUAGCUGGGCUUGGCUGAGAUUUACACAAGUGCUGUGUGUAUGGAUCUAAACAUAUGUAGCCUAGGGGAAUUUUCCCUAGCACAUAUUAGAAAGACAGACCCUGAUUUUAUUUCUGCAGCUAGAACUGGUAUGUUCUGUUUUCUACCAAAAUAUAUUGGGCACCAAACAAACAAGGCUACAGCUGAAAGGUCUCUCAUCUGAACCCCAGACUGGUUUCAUUUUUGUGGUUGAAGGAAAGGCAUGUUUGGAAAGUGCAAGAUAAUGAAACACAGAACUUUAAAGCAAAAACAACUAGUAGAGUUUUGGAGGAAAUGCAGUUUAUAGUAUAGGGUAGUUUUGGUUCCCUCCCCUCAACCACUGUAUUCUAAAUGUUGAAAAGGCAUUGGCAUGUCUGUGUGGUUUGAUGUAUAAUCCCCCCCCCUAAUUUUCUCUGUCUUUGCAGCUACAUGAUUGUGGAACACUGCAUUACUUGAUGCUGUGCAUAUUUUAGACAUAUAGAAGCCAAUGCAUUUUGAUGCAGAAGCAAAGAACGUUGUUUUUCAGUUUCCAAUUUCUAAUUUUAUAUCCCCCCCCCCUAAAGGUUUUUGUGUUUGCUUUUGCUUUUUUAUCUCAACCUGAGUUUUGGAGGAAUGCCAUCUCAUCACCCUGUGACAAGAAAGCAUCAAUGUGUUAACAGAGGUUAGAGCAGUCUGUGGGGUUUGGUGGAGCAAAGCUUCUGCUGCUAUUUUAUUUUCUCCAGGAAUAAGUUCUGAGCAAAGGGAGUGCCGGAAGCUGCCUCUGAUUAGGUCAGACUAUUUGUACAUCUGUCUUUGAGUAUGUCUAAUCUGACUGGCAAUGGCUCUCUGGGGUUUCAGGCAGAAACCGUCACUUGCUAGCAAAUCCUUUUUAACUGGAGGUGCCUGGCAUUGAAGCUGGGACAUGCUGCAUGCAAAUCAGGUGCUUAACCACUGAGCUGUAAUAUAGGAAGGAAGGAAGGAAGUUCUUUCCUGCUACCUAGCUGCCAGAGUUUAAGACCAUAGACAUUCUAAAGUUCAUGGAUAGGAGUGCCAUUUUGAAGCUAGGAUGGGCUAAAGAGAAUCUAUCUGGACAGCUGCAUUGUCUCAUUUGAGCACUAUGAGAUUAAAUAUUAUCCAGGCAUGAGCCCAUAGGUCUUUCAUACCAAUGAAUGAGGUCUGAAACAUUUUAAAGCAGAAGCAGGGAAAUGAGAGAGAAAGGUAGUGUGGGGUUUGCCUUCUUAGUUAACCCAUGGACAAGUCCUCAAUUAAAUAAUUUCUGUAUUAGAAUGUAUCCAUAUUUCUUUGUCAAAGUAAGCUGGGGCGGGGGAACCAAUAUUUAAAUUUGUUUUGUUUUAGCAGCCUACAUGUAAUAUUCUGACAAUAAAUUAACACUUCCCAAAUACAGUAUAAAUUGAAUUUUUAAAUUUGUUACACCAAUUUCUGUACUUAAAAAAAAAAAAGUUUCCUUCUGAUUACCAAACCAGCAUAAGAAUUGCCAUACAAUUAACUUUGAGAACUGCAGCAAAUUUUAUCAUCCCCAUGUGGAUUCAUAGAGGUCCAGAGAAGGCAAUGACACGCUUGUGUGUCAGAAUUCUGAUGGUACUCAGAAGUGCUCAACCAUUCGGAUGCACCCGAAUGAAGUAAUCCUGUACACAAGUGUAAGUCAAGAUGGUGUAAAGUUACGCCCAGUCCAAACUCUGCUCAGCAGUGGAGCUACUUCUGAAUGAUGAGGCUUAGGCUUGGCAGAGGGGAAGCAAGCCUUUAAAAGAGUGUUCUUUGCCAGGUAACAUGACUGAGCUGAAUGGACUUAGGAUCCAGCCUAAGUCCUCCCACUCUGGUCCCACCUCCCAGAACACCUGUUUUCUUAUGCUGGUUUAAGGUUUGCCAGGCUAGCUGAAAUGGGGGAGAUACACCAGUAUACAUCUGGUGGAGCUGAGGUUGGGGGUUUAAGCUGGCAUAGCCUGACUAGCUCAGCUGGAGAUCCACUUACCUAACCUGUCCAUCCCAGUAGAUCUUGCGAUAGAAUUGCUCUCUUAAUCCGCAAUUGACUGGAAAAGAAAGGCAAAGUUCAGCUUCACGAAUAGGCCAUUCAUUGUUAUUUUUUACAUUCAGAAGUUUGUAAUCAAUUAGACUCAGUAGUUUAACAAGUGUCGAGUUGUUAAAUCUGUUAACAUUGGUUGCACUUCUUACAUUAAAAAGGGAAAGAAAGAAUGAUGUCUUUCUCAAGAGGACCACAUGGGAGAAUGUUUUCAUGAAUAUGUUGAACGAAAAUGCUAAGGUACCUGAUGAAAGUCUAACAUGCAAGACUUGUAUUAAAGCUGCACAGACAAGUCCAUUGUAAUCUACUUGCACUGGGCAUUCAAACAAAUACCAAUAAUCUGUAAUUAGUUAUUAAAAAUAAAUCUGUUCAGAUUAUGCUAGUUCAUUAUGGAAGGCAAAGUUGCUUUAUUUUUAAAAUUGUAAAUAUUUCCAGAUUCUGAUUUCAAAGCCAAUACUCCCUCCACAGUAGCUUUACACAAUUGUUCUGUACUCUGCAUAUGAGUGCUAUUUUGCUCAUGUUCUGCUUAUGGAGAACAGAAUGCAGGGCUAGAUAGGCCUUUGGCCUGAUCCAGCAGCCUGAUCCUUCUAGGUUCUUACGUUUAAAUGCAUUCUAUAUUAUCAUCCACAUACUUUGCAUGGUACAUCCAUGUAAAUCAGGGUGGAGAAUGUUUGGCCAUCCAGAUGUUGCUGGACUGCAAACCCCUGAUCAUUGACUAUGCUGGAUGAGGAUGCUGGAAGCUGGAGCCCAACAACAUCUCAGUUCCUUACCCCUGAGUUAAAUGCUCUACCAGCAGUGGCGUAGCGUGGGUUGUCAGCACCCGGGGCAAGGCAAGUAAUUUGCGCCCCCUAACCCGUGGAUUUGCGCCCCCUAACCUGUGGAUUUGCCCUAACCCCAGAUGUUGCGCCCGGUGCGGCCGGGCCCCCCUGCACCCCCCACGCUACGCCACUGUCUACCAGUUCUGCUUCGUAUAGUGAGAAACUCUUAUUUUCAUCUAGAAUUCUACAGUAAUGAUGGAAACAGGAAGAAUUGUGCUAAAUUUUCCCUCCCCUGGUUCUCAGCAGUAUUUCUGACAGUCAUUGAUUUAUAUUUCCUUUUGUUCAUUUCUGUUUCCUUGUUUACAAGGUGAUAUCUUGAUUCUUAGCUUAAAACUAUCAAUUAUUUAGGGAUCAAAAACAAAGAAAGGAUUUCAGGCAUCCGUACCUUCUCAGAAACAGGCAGCCUUUCUAUUUAAUGAAACACUUCAGUUGACCAGAGCUACUCCAGUUCUUUCUGCGAUGUCUAUCUUAAUCUGUACUGAGAUUGCCUGUGCUCCAUAUGAGUAUCUGUGGUCUUUCAGAGUGAGAUAUACAUUUACACUUUUGUGUGCUAUAAGACCAAUGUAGUUUGCUGCAUCAAAGUCUCAAGUCUUGGGAUGCUUUGGGUAUAUGGUUGCUGUGUCUACAAAGCUGAUUUUCUUCCCUGUGCUUGAGAGGGUGAUGCUUGGCUUGAUCAUGUUUAUGUGUGGAGUGGUUUAUAAUCCUUGGGUGCAUUAGCAGAAAUGUUCCAUUUGUAAAUGCACAGAUAUGUAGUAGAAGGUACUGGACACACCAAAUGAGUGUCAUUGUCCAUCUGGCCAACCAAUAAAUGCAAGCAACAUGAUGUGGAGGAAGAAUAACAAACUCAAGUUUGUCUUUUCAGGUACAAAACUUGCAGCAUUUAGGAACAAGAGGGAGAUCAGAAGGCGGAAAGAAAAAGAGGGCUUGCAGCAGGAGGGCUAAUGGCAAGUGUAGGCAAGGUAUUUGGAACAAAUCUGUGUGGAAAAUACGUUUAUCUGGGAAGCCCCUAAGCCAAGUGCAGACUUUGAGGGUUAUGGCUUUAGCCAACAUUUUGUUCCAAUUAAGGAGCAGCAUUAAUAAAUGCAAGCACAUAGCUUCAUGUUUGCUGAUAUCUAGAUGCUCAACAACAAAGGUCCAAGGCUUUCAGGGACAGCAUUUUCCAAGGAACCCCAGUUGUGUUAGGAUACAAUGGGAAUUUUGUGGUGCCUAAAUAACUAAAGGCACUUGAGAUAUCAUUGGUAUGAACCUGGAUCCUAAGAUCUGUGUUACAAGGUGUGUCUGUGAAUUUGAGUGGUCAGAUAAUAGGUCAUGAGUACAAAAAGGGCAAGGUAAGAAAAGGAAAGGGAAAAAAAUCAUUAUAACUAAUUUAGGCACAGAUACACAAUAUGUAUCAAAUGAUUCAGCAACUAAAAUCACUUGUCCCAUCAAGUGAAUUUAAUUCCUCUUCUUACAGCCUGUUUGAAGUGCAACAUGUGCUACUUAGCAAAGCUGGCCUGAUGGGAGGCUGGGCCAUACCUAGGCUUAGUGAGACCAUGCAAAAAGGACAAGGACUCAGGGCUCCAACUUGUGAUUUGUGAGAAAAGCAUAUAGCCAUGAGUCAUGGUUGGACAACACAUAAGCCAAGUGUUGGCUUAGCUCCAUGCAGCACAACAGUAGGAAAGGCAAGAGAGGAGCAAAGCAGCUGAAAGUUUCCCUCUGGAGCCUGAGAAUGCUUAUUAAGCCAAGUUUUGCAAACCAGACCACAGGUUCUGUAAUCACCAAACGAUUAGAAAAUGGGCACAUUUUAUGAAGGCCAUGUUCUGAUAAUCCUAUCUUAAUUUAUGAAACUGAGGUAUGAAUGAGCCUUCUGCCUGCAUAGCAUAUGCAGGUCCUUUGCUCUUCCCUUCAUGGAUAAGCAACCAAACCAGGAAGAUUCUAAUUAUAGUUUCCAAUUUUGUCUUAAUUUACACCCAUUCAAUCAGCAUGAGCUGUCAACCAAGGAUAUUUGUUAUUAACCGUAGAGUCUCAUAUCAUUCAAACUGGGAAACUAUGGUUAUCUGCUUUGGAAAAAGCCCAGGUAAUUAAAACAAUGGUUUGAAGUUGAUUCAAUAUCCUGACUUGCUUCAUGGCUGGUAACUGAAGUUCCCAAUUUUGAAUAAUACGGGGAUCUAUGGCUAAUCAUAUGGUUCGACUGCUCAUGCCAUGAAGAGUCUGAGUAGCUGGACAAAACUCUUGUUCCUAUCUUGAUUUAUUAAACUGAGAUAUGAUCAUCCAAUGCACACCCUCCAGGUAGCGGCUGAUUAUAUUAAUUAUAAAUGUGUGAUAGUUGUGCCUGUUUAUUGAAAAUAACAAUGUAAUAGUGCAAUUUAAUUUUCAUGUAGCCAAUUUUCAGCAGCCUUGUUUGAGGGAAAGGAACCGCGUGUAGUAAAUCUUGAUGCCUGCCAUAUGAUUAACAUCCCAAUUUUUGUGAUUAAUGUUUGCUCUGCCAUUGUGAGUUGCUUUCUCUUCCCCUCCAGUGUUCUGUGCGCUGUUUUUCUGCUUCCUUGCUCAGAUACUUCUGUACCAGCAACAGAUGGCAAAUAUCCCUUGGACAGGAAUAAAGGUGUCGCAGCCAUUUGAAAUGUGACACAUGAAAUGUAACUAGGUAUUUUUUUCCCCCUGUCAGUAACACAGCAGAAGAAAACCUGCUUGUUUUAUGAGCCUGAGGAAACUGGCAGCCAGAACCUCAGAGUAAUCAGUCUUUUUAAAGUUAUCAAAGCAACAAUAGUGAAAUUUCAAUGUUGGUAACGUAUUAAUAUAAAUAUUGGACGAUCCCCUUUGGGCAAAUUAUGGCGUAUAUUUUAAAAUUAUGCCUCUUUGCUUGUUUGCUUUGUCUUUGCCAGAUUAUUAUGAUUAUUAUUGUUAUCUUAGUGAAUAGGAGAAGCAGGGCCUUUUUCAGCCAGAACUCAGUUCUACCACCUCUCAAGUGGGUGCCAUUGCCAUUAUAAGAGAACAAAGGAGGCGUUCAUGGUGAGUUCUGGCACCUCUUUUUCUAGAAAAAAAGCACUCAGGAGAAGAAUCAUGGAUGUUAAUCAGUGUAAUCCUAUAUGCAGGUUUACUGAGAAGUAUGCCCCAAUGAGUUCAAUGGGGCUUAAUUCCAGGUGAGGGGUAUAGGAUGGCAGCUGAAAAUUAAUUAAUUGGUAUCUUCUUACAGUCUUCCUGUGCUGCAGUCUACUUAAAUGUUGGCUCUGACUGACCACAUGCAAGUGUUGAAUUAAAGAACCUCCAAUGUCUUUUGCCUUCAAUGGUUGUUAGGCAGGAGAAGAAAGAACUUGAUGGUGCUCCAAGGCUAGGUUAAUAAGUUACUGAAGUUGUGUGGUUACCACGUUCCUAAAGAAUGCAGUUGUUAUAUUAAUUAGUACUUUUUUGUAUUGCGCCUUUCCUCCAAGAAGAUCUAGAGAGGAUAUUAGAAAAUGAGCUGAAGGAAAACAAUGGCAAACAUGAGUUGCCUCUCUCUGUGUAUUUUAUAAUUUUGAGUACAUGAUUUGGACACUUAUCCCCAAGACUUUGGGUGAAAUGCUAGUGUCAUUGAAGUCUAGGUACAGAUCCAGUGGCCCUUGAAAACCUGCCUUUCCCAUCAUAUAAUACUGCAUUCAGACCAUUAGUAUAAUUGACAGGGGGGGCAGGUAAACCCCACCCCACAUAAUCACAUGAUGCAGUGUACACACACCAUUGGAAUGGCAAUGCACAUCAACUUUGAAGGGGGCAACCCCUCAAAUAUUUAAUGGGGAGGGGAGCGAAGCGAAGGGACACACAUUCAUAUAACUCAGAUUGAAGCACUGCUGUCAGAAACAGUAACCACGACUUAGUUCUUCAUAUUCACCUAACCAAAGAAGUUCAAUUUAAAGAUAGCUACAGGAAAAUUAAUAGUGUGAUUUUGUGAAUGUGUUUCAGAAGAUCUGAGAUAUGUUGUCUUCUGAAAAGAAUCCCUAAGGAAAUGAACAUUUUUCAAGCGUAUUUGUGCAGCAACUUUCCUUAAACACAAAUUACAGAGUUACUUUAUGUAGUCAAAGAAUUUUUUCAAGGAGUAUGUCAGGAAGCAGAUGAAUGCAUAGGAAAUUAUCUAUCCAUUUUGCUAUGAAUCAGAGAUUCACUGCGCUUCCUUUCUGUGCAAACUGCAUCCAAAUCCUUCUAAAGUUAGAGAAAUAUACACAUAUGGAUAAUCAGAUCUAAACCCAAUACUGUUCUUUUGUCCACUUUAAUUGGAUUUUCUGCAAAGGAUAUUUAACAAGAUGAAAUGCAUUUCAGAAUUACUAAAGAAAAUAAAGAGGAACCAGGAGAUAUUGAAUGCUCUUAUUGAUCUUGCCAAAAAGGAAAGCAUCAGAUGUUGCUGUUUCAUUUUUAUGUUUAUCAUUUUCCCUACUUUGUAUUAAGGAGUUCUGGGAAACCUUAUUAAAUGUUAAGUGCUGUUUGGUACUGCCUGGCCACCCAAGUGAGAGAAUUUUAGUCACAAUUCCCUUGAGCAGAGUUAAAAGGCACAUAGUUUGUAAUAUGUCAUGUCAGGUAUUAGGUAAAGGUAAAGGUACCCCCAGACCAUUAGGUCCAGUCGCAAACAACUCUGGGGUUGUGCGGUCAUCUCUCUCUAUAGGCCGAGGG